CGCGCGCGCGCUCAGGGCAGUAAGUGAGCUGCGACAGGGUGGUGGAGGAAAACCGCUGCAGGGGUAUUAAGGGGAGUUAAGAUCGACCCAGAGUACCGUUACUCAAGAGAUACACGCUAUGAAGAUUGCACGGAUAGUGAGCGAGUGGAGGCUGGAGGGACACUCAGGCUGCACGAGGACUAACACGACUGAACAAACUUUUGUGAAUUAAGGGGAAAAAAAUAUGCUGGAUCCUGAAAAUCAGGAUUCGUGGCUUCUUUCAAAGCCUAGAGUAACUUUUUAAGCUUUGUCAACACUUUUGGUUUUGAUUCACAGCGGAGUAACACUUUUCUUUCCUCUAGGUUUAUCUCUUACCCAAACACAGCGGAUGCAGGACUUCUCGUGGAAAGUAAUCUGAGGAUGCGUUGCGCGCAAAAAUCCUCUUGGACAUGACGGAUAAUCGCGCUGAUUUUUCGGGACUGGCGCACUGAGCUGCAUGCACGGAUGAUAUGAUAUUCUCACUUCAUGAUGGAGAGACGCGGUCAUUCAAGCUGAGGCGCGCGCAAGUGUCAAACCACUGUAGAGAUUAAAGGAACAAGCUCAAGAAGUUUAAUCGGUGCAGCAGUGCUUUAAUCCUCAGAUCAGACUUGCUGGAGUGAUUCAUGUGAAAAGGUUCGCGCCGGUGACAUGGGCUGACUUUCGUGUCUCCGAAAAGGGACCGACGAUGUUGGGACGCAGCGCGCGCGCCUCGUUCCGCGGCCGGUCGCUGCUCGUGCUCUUGCUGCUGCUGCUGGGAUUUGCGCGAGCCUGUCGCGAGCUUCUCUCCGGCGGCUGCAGCUGCACGGACGAGCGCGCCAAGGGCCACACGGCGCAGGCGGGCGCGCGCAAACGAGUGAGCUGCGCCGGCAAGGAGCUGACGGAGACGCCGGAAGCGAGUCUGAUGCCCAACCGGACCAUUUCUUUAAACCUAAGCAACAACCGUAUCCGUGUCCUGAGAAAUGGCUCCUUCGCUGGCUUGUACUUACUGGAUAAACUGGACCUGAAGAAUAAUCUGAUCAGCACCAUCAUGCCUGGAGCUUUUCACAGCCUAACAGCACUGAGAAAACUCGACCUGUCCAACAACCGGAUCGGCUGCCUGACUCCAGAUAUGUUCCAGGGACUCACCAACCUCACCAAGCUGAACAUUUCAGGAAACAUCUUCUCUUCGCUGGAGCCAAACAUCUUCCAGGAGCUUCCCUCGCUCAAGCUGGUGAACUUUGACUCGGAGUUCCUGUCAUGUGACUGUGGCCUGCAGUGGGUGCCGGGUUUCUUCCGCACAAGUUCAGCCAGACUGGGAGACGAGACGCUUUGCAUGUAUCCCAGAAGGUUCCAGAACAGACCACUGAGAGAGCUGAAGGAAAGCGACCUGACCUGCGAAGGCCCCUUGGAGCUGCACACUUUGUUUCUGUUACCCUCACUGCGCCAAGUAGUGUUUAAAGGAGACAGGCUGCCGUUUCACUGUACCGCUGCCCGGGUAGACAAAAUCACCACCGUACACUGGCGCCACAAAGGCCGACCCGUCACUAACAACCCUGAGAACGGGGUCCUUCUAGAGGAGAGCGUUCUACAUGACUGCACCGUCAUCACCAGCGAGCUGAUCUUGUCGAACGUGCAUGUUGACGCGAGCGGCGAAUGGGAGUGCGUGGUGACGACAGGACGAGGGAACGUCUCGCGUAGCGUGGAGAUCGUCGUUCUGGAAAACAGCGCCACCUUCUGCCCUGAGCAAAGAGUGUCUAAUAACAGAGGAGAGUUCAGGUGGCCAAGAACUCUGGCUGGAAUUACGUCAUAUCAGCACUGCCUGCAGCUGCGUUAUCCGUCCCUGGCUGGAGGGGGUGCCGUCGAUCAGAAGAGGGCGUCUCGCUACUGCGAUCGCUCCGGUCACUGGGAGGAAGGAGACUACUCUCAGUGCCUCUACACCAACGACAUCACCAACGUUCUUCAUACCUUCAUACUGAUGCCUAUCAAUGCCUCCAAUGCUUUGACACUGGCACACCAGGUGAGGACCUACACGUUGGAGGCAGCAGGCUUCACUGAUACAGUGGAUGUUUUCUACGUGGCACAGAUGAUGCAGAAAUUUAUGGAUUAUCUUGACCAGUCUCGCGAGCUGUCAGAAGUCCUGGUGGAGAUGGGCAGCAAUCUGAUGCAGGUAUCUGAUCAGAUAUUGUCCCAGGCUCAGAAGGAGAAGAGAGCCUGCAGCUCAAUAGUCGGCUCUCUGGAAACCUUAGCAUGGCCACAGCUUCACCCCAAUGCCCAGUAUCUCUCCAUGACGUCUCGAAAUAUCGUGAUGGAAGCUCACUUGAUACGCCCCGCCCACUUCACUGGCAUGACCUGCACUGCCUAUGAGAGAAGAGAGAGCUCUGAUGCCGGGGGAAUCGACGUGACAGACUCCACCCACGAGCAGCAGCUCCACUUCCGCUGUACAACAGGAACCCACAACAUGUCACUAAACUCUUUCCCUUUAAAGAAUGCUGUAGCACUUGCUUCGGUCUCUCUGCCUGCAUCCCUGUUCCCUCCAAACGCUCCGACCGAAUGCAAACUGCAGUUUGUUGCUUUUCGUACCGGGAGAUUCUUCCCAUUUAUUGGAAACUCCAGCAGCACAGCUCGUAAGAGGAGUGUAAACACGCCAGUCAUCUACGUAGGCCUCGACGGAUGCACCAUGUGGAACCAGUCAGCUCCCGUCAUUGUGUCCCUGCGACACACAUCGCCUGGAAAAGACCCAGUGGCUGCACACUGGAGUCUGCAGGCGCUCAUGCAUGACGGGAGUUGGAGUACAGACGGCUGUCAGUUAGCGCACGGCGACGCUAGCAUCUCAACGCUACGGUGCAGCGUGCUCAGUAACUAUGCAGUGCUUCAGGAGGUGCCUGAUAUCCCAGAUGUUGUUCUCACUCCGGUGAAAGUCCUCCACCCGGUGGUGUACACCUGCACUGCAGCGCUCCUCUUGUGCCUUUUCACCAUCAUCUUUACCUACAUCCUGCACCACAGCUCCGUUCGGAUCACGCGUAAAAGCUGGCACACCCUCCUCAACACCUGUUUUCACAUUGCCAUGACGACAGCGGUGUUUGCUGGGGGCAUCACUUUAACUAGCCAUCCGAUCGUGUGCCAAGCAGUGGGCAUUGUUCUUCACUAUUCUUCAUUGUCCACUCUGUUGUGGAUCGGCGUCAGCGCCCGGGUGCUCUAUAAGGAGGCCUUGUGGCGGUCUCCACGGCAACCAGAAGGCGAGGCCGCAGCGGUGCCCACUCAGCGGCCCAUGCUCAGGUUUUAUCUAAUAGCCGGCGGCGUUCCUCUCAUCAUAUGCGGGAUCACCGCGGCUGUCAAUAUUAACAACUACGGAGACAACAUUCCUUACUGUUGGUUGGUAUGGCAGCCCAGUAUUGGAGCUUUCUAUGUUCCUGCUGGCCUUGUGAUCCUGGUGACCUGGAUCUACUUCCUGUGUACAAUUGCACGCUUAAGAUGCCGAAGCUCCAAGAGUGCCAAGGAACCCCCAAGCUCCACCUCUGGAUCCUCUCCUUUACCCGAAGCCCAGCCAGCUCUAAGUGGCAGCACCAGUUUACUUUCAACAGACUCUGCAGUUGGCCCAGUGCAUGUUGAAAUGGUGCAGGAGGACCAGUACUCACUGAAAGUGCAGUUCUUGGCACUGGUAGCGACUCAGUUUGUGUUUUUGCUUCUGUGUUGUUGCGGUGCAAUGGCUAUGUGGCACAUGGACAGAGAGAGGAAGUUAUUUAGCUGUCUGUAUGGAGGAACGGCGACAGGGCUGGGAAUCUUUUUAGUGCUCCAUCACUGCUUCAAACGCUUGGAUGUUCAGGCAGCUUGGCUUGGAUGUUGCCGGGGGUACCAUCGAUCACAGCCGAUUCCUGCCUACAGCCAACCCUGCACCACCACUGCUGGAGUCCAGAGCACUUCAGAAAGGGGCUCGCAGCUUUUUGUUGGCUCACUUCCUCCAGCAGAGCAAAGCAACUACUCUUCUUCUGCCAGGUCGUCCUCCACUCCGAGUGGCACCAGCAGUAUCGGCACUGGACCCUGCAAGCUCACCAACCUUUUGCAGGUGACGCAGGACAAUGCCAACAACGCUACACGUGCUCUGGCAGGCACCAACACCAGCACUAGCACGGAGAACACCAACAGCAAACCUGCCAACAACCUGCUGCUGCCAAGUAUUAGCACCACACUACCUGCUCAGCAGCAACAGCGAAAAAAGACUAGCAGUAGAACUAAGGCGGGAAGUGGCCAGUACCACCACCGGGGGGAGGGAAGGGGACAUUAUCGUCUGAAAGCACUACGAGGUGGUGGGGGCAGUGUAGGUGCCUUGGGCCCACCUGGAGUGGACCAAGUCAACAUUCAUCAUGUUCAGAGAUAUGCAUCCAGCGAGAACGGAAGUCUUCGAAACAGCCAUUCGGAGAGCCAUAAUGGUCCACUGACCAAUGGGAGACACCGUACAGAAGGACCAGGAACAAGUCCGUCAGAAGGAAGCGACGGAGGAAGCAGUGGAAGCAGGAAGCCUUUCCCGCUUUUGCCCUCUAUAGCAAGUCGGGUUGCAAUGCAGCAGAAUGGACAGAGGCGCAGCGCAAGCAGAGACAACCUUAAAUUGGUCAAUGCAGCUGAUAAAGACUAUAAACGAGGUUCAUACCUGUUGAACACUGACACCGUAACAGCUACUGGAACUACAAGCGGGACGACCUCAUCCACACUACCUGCCACAUCGAAUGGAAUGCUAAAAGGUUCAAUCAUCGAACUGGACGCAAAUGGAUCGGACCAUUCGCAGGGGUCAGUCGGGAUGAGGCCUGGGGUCUGGAAGAGUGAGACGACGGUGUGAGGUUGUGACAUAAGCGAGCUAACAUUCUGUGUUCGGUGGCCAAGAGCCUCACUGCCUCAGCGCAACCAGGAUGAGCCUCCAUGACAUUUCAUUUUCAGUAAUGUUCAUUGAGCUUCAAACAAUUUGCACCUUCCAGAAACAGGUAACUACUCGUGUAUUUGUCGAGGCUUUAUGAGGGAUCCUGUACAUUUUGGUGCCAAAUAAAAGCAAGAGGCUAGUUUAAUGAAGGGAUAUACUUAUAUGCAAAAACUGAACCCUUUUCCAAAUCAGUAUGUUUUAUCAUUGUGCCACAUUUUUUUGUUUCUCGUGAUAUGCUUGUUGUUUAGAAUAUAUCUAACAUGAGGUUUAAAAGCUAUUGCUAAAAAGUGAACACCUUACGGUAUCUGUAAGCGCGAACUUUUUUAAAACAAAAUCAUCUAUGCAUAUCAGUGGAAAUGGACCACAAACUGCAUUCCGAGUUCAUUUUGCAUUUGUUUUGCUUGUACAACUUUUUUUUUUGUUUAUACUUUAUGUGUUUGUCGUCCUUUGUAUCUGCUGGCUAUUUGGCGAACGUGCACAUGUGAUAGUGAGAGAUGUAUAUGUCAGAAUGUAUGUAUGUAAGAAUGUAUGGAUGUAUUAAUUGACUAUUACAGUAUUUAGCUCUAGUCCCUUCUCCAGCACUGAUAAAUACCUCUUGGCCUUACCUAAUCGCUCCAGUAUUAAGGGCUUGCAGUGAGUUCGCUUCCUCUUCCUGCUUUAUUUGUGGAAUACAUGAAGGCACUAGGGGAGUGCUGGGCUUUAUUUUUCUGCAGAUGAGUUUUCUGGAAAGCAAGAAACAACUCGAGUCUGUGUGUUAUUGCUAUCCCUCUUCUGUGUCCGAUUCUAAAGAAUUACACAGGUCUAGACUGCCCUCUAGCGGAUCAUUCGUGCCAUUUAUCGUUUAUGAAGUGAUGAGGACGAUGAGAGGUGAUGUCAUUGAAGUUUUAUUCAAAGAAAUUUGGGUGGAGAAGAUUUUUGAUUUUUGAUUUUUAUUUUUUGCAAUCAUGUCUAACAUGGUUUUCCCAUAGCACUUGGAAAAAGUCCACUCUUUCUUACACCUAAAUGAAGCACAAACUAUGUACUAGCAGAUUCAGGGUAUUUUAUUUUUUCUUUUCUUUGCUUUUCUUUUUCUUUCUUUCUUUCUAGCCCUACUUUUUUUCUUUUUAAUCAUUUGUUUCUUUCUUUCUUUCUUGCUAUUUUUUGUUCUCUCUCUCUCUCUCUCUCUCUCUGUGUCUCUUUCUUUCAUUUAGUCAUUAUUAAUUUUCUUUUUGAUUGUUUAUUUGUUCAUCUUUUUUCUUAUAGUUCUCACUUGUUCUUUCUUUCUUUCUUUCUUUCUUUCUUUCUCU